AUGAAGAACCACGCUUGGAAAUUAAUAAUCGACAGCUGGGAAGAUAUCUUGUCUCAGUCAUCAAUUCUUCAUCUCGUCUUACCAGAUGAUGUACCUGCAGGAAUAAGGCAUAUUGUCACCCGUGCUUUCAUCGCAGGUAAAGCUUCCGGUUCUGGAACUCCAAUCGAUUAUAGUGAUCUUUAUACGGCGCCCUGUACAGAUAUUCAAAAACAAGUCAUCAACGAUGCUGCCUCCUUUGGCCAAGGGCUUGCUAUUCAAGCCUUACAACCUAUCACUCAUCAUCCACCAUCUCUAGAAACUUAUAACUUUUCAAUUCCAAACUUUCCCAACCCUGAUAAAUUUGAUGGAACGAGAUCACAGUUUGGAAACUUCGUGACACAGUUGCAACUUUUAUUUCGUUCGAACCCGUCCGCAUUCAGUUUGGAUAUUUCUAAAAUCGCAUUGGCGGGAUCAUACCUCACUGGUCCGGCUUUUACAUGGUUCAAGCCUCAUGUUAAUCAGACAAACGGUGAUAUAUCCUUCAAAACUUAUGCUACUUUCAUUGACGCUCUUCGAAGUGUAUUUGACGACCCAGAUCCGUACUCAACUGCAGAGAUAGAACUUAACUCUAUAUGUCAGACAGGCUCUUGUUCAACCUAUUACGCAAAGAUAUCCUCAAUAUUUUCUCGACUCGGCUGGUCCGAACAGAAGUGUAUCAUAUACCACUUUCACAAAGGAUUAAGGGAAAAUAUAAAGGAUGCCUUAGUAGGAAAAAAUAAACCUACUUCAUUUACAGAAUACGCAGCCCUAUGUAUAUCUCUAGAUAAUCAGCUAUACGCUCGACAACGUGAAAAGAGGCUAGAUGAUUCGCAAUCAAAUCCAAGGCUCGAAUAG